GGGGAUUUCCCGGCUGCCCGGCCGGAAAGAACAGUCAGCGCGGGACCGGCGCCGGGCAGGGAGCGCGACCGCCAUGGCCGGAGAGAUGACGGUGCUGGGUUCGGCGGUAUUGGCUCUCCUGUUGGCUGGCUAUCUGGCACAGCAGUAUUUACCUAUGCCUACACCAAAAGUCAUCGGCAUUGAUCUUGGUACCACUUACUGCUCUGUUGGUGUGUUCCUGCCUGGCACAGGGGAGGUGAAGGUUAUUCCAGAUGAAAAUGGGCACAAUAGCAUACCGAGCAUGGUCUCCUUCACUGACCGGGAUGUGUAUGUAGGGUAUGAUGGCCUAGAACUGGCAGAUUCUAAUCCACAGAAUACCAUAUAUGAUGCCAAAAGGUUCAUUGGGAAAAUCUUCACUCCAGAUGAGUUGAAAAGUGAAAGUAGCAGAUACCCGUUUAAGAUUUUCAGCAACAAUGGGACAGCUGAAUUUUUUAUUACAACCAAUGAAACCUUUAGUGUCACCCCAGAGCAUAUUGGGGCUCAGUUGCUCCUGAAAUUGAAGAAGAUGGCAGAAGAGAAUCUUGGCAUGCCAGUUUCCAAGGCAGUUAUCUCAGUGCCAGCAGAGUUUGAUGAAAGGCAACGAAACUACACUAUUAAAGCAGCUAACCUUGCAGGGUUAGAGAUCUUGAGGGUAAUUAAUGAACCCACUGCUGCAGCUAUGGCUUAUGGUCUCCACAAAGCUGAUGUGUUUAACGUCUUGGUAGUUGAUUUGGGUGGAGGAACAUUGGAUGUCUCUCUGUUGAACAAACAAGGAGGGAUGUUUCUGACGCGAGCCAUGGCAGGGAACAACAAGCUUGGAGGUCAAGAUUUUAAUCACCGGAUACUUCAGUAUUUAUAUGAACAGAUACACCAAAUGUAUGGUUCUCUGCCUUCCAAGAAGGAAGAAAUACAUAGACUCAGACAAGCUGUGGAAGCAGUUAAGUUAAAUUUGACUCUUCACAAUUCUGCUUCACUUAGUGUGUAUCUUUCCAUGCCAGAAAGAAAGGACUUAGAAGAACUUGUAGAGAGAGAGCGAGGAACGAAUAAUGUUUUUGAAAACAAGCCUUCAAAAGAGGAAGAUGGUAUGAAAAAAUUUUUAAACAAUGACUUUUCACAAAUGCAGAGCAACACUGUCAAAGUUUUCUUUGAAACAGAAAUAUCAAGGAAGCUCUUUGAGACAUUGAAUGAGGACCUUUUUGAGAAGAUUCUUCUGCCUAUUGAGCAGGUGUUGAAGGAAGGACAUCUUCACAAAACAGAAGUGGAUGAAAUUGUAUUAGUAGGGGGCUCCACUAGAAUUCCCCGGAUACGCAAAGUUAUUCGAGACUUCUUUGGAAAGGAGCCAAACACUUCUGUGGACCCUGACUUGGCAGUUGUAAUAGGUGUAGCUAUCCAAGCAGGAAUUGUUGGAGGGUCCUGGCCUCUCCAAGUCAGUGCUAUAGAAAUUCCUAAUAAGCAUUUACAAAAAACUAACUUCAACUGAACUUCAUUGCUAUCAUCACAUUCCAUCCUUCACUCCUCCACAACACUUCAUUCAUAAGUGCAUGCUUACCCAACAAACAAAGUCCAGUCUUAGCCAUGUUGGAUCCAUCUUGAUUUUUAUCCCAGUUAAAAGCGUUAAUGGACUGUUUUGAGUGUUCUGGCUGUUUCUCUUUUUGAAGGUACUAGCAACUUUAAAUUACUGAACAUGAAGUCAUCCUCUGAUCGGCUUGUAGACUGGAGAUUGGAUGUAGACAUACUACCACCAGAGAUGCACUUUUAUUUUUCUCUUCUGCUAAAUUUUAUUAGCAGACCCUGAAUACUUGAUUACUUAAAAAUGGAAUUCAGCUAUUGGAACCCAGGAUAGGGAUGAUGUUGGCAUCAUGCUCUGGACAUUCCCAGGUGUUUGUAUUUACUGUGAAAUGAAGUUGUAACAGUGUUAAUGCAGAUAGCUUUGGUAAUGUUCAGCUUUUAAAUUUAUUUAUUACUUAGUUAAUUGAGCACUUUAAGCACCUUCCUAUGUGUCAUUUUGCAGCUUGAAUACUGUCAAAUAAGUCUUGUGCUACUAUUUAUAACAGAGCAGCGGCGCUGUUGAGAGUGAAGGUUUGUUCCCUCUUAGACAGUUUUGUUUGCAACCCAGACUAAUUUUGGGCCUUGUCAUGUAUGUCAUUGCUCAUGUACUGGGCAUUUUCUAAAUCUAAGCAAUUGCCACAGUCUAGCUUUGUAACUUAAAGGGACUUUUGUAUUGCCCCUAAUGCAUCUGUCUUUUGGAAAAAGUAGUAAUAGUAUCCAUUUUCAUACUUUCCAUUCCUCCUAAGGGAUUGCUCACCAGACAAAAACUUUAACUGUUCUGCAUAAAAAGACAGCAAAAUAAGUCCUGCACAACUUCCCUUAUUUUCAGAUCGCAUACACUUACAUGGAUUGUUCGAUCAAGCAGGUGUUUGGCUAGGAUGGAUAAAGCCUUUUGGUUUUUUUUCCCUUAAUGUUCUAACAGUAGGAAUGGAGGACUGUCAGGGACCUUUUGGCUUGAGUUCAGUCCCCAUAGAUUUAGUAAAUAAAGUUAAUUCAACUCAGAUUGUACAUGCCA